AUGCGCGCAGCGAGCACUUCGAAACCUGUGGGAGCGCACGAAGAAACAGGCCACCUGGGCGGUGCUCAUUCAACGUAUGUUUCGUCAGCUCAAGUGACGAACGCUGAGCAUGAAAACGAACUGCAGGUGGUUGACCUGCCAAGAGCGCCUCCAUCGCUAUCGAAAGCAGUCACAUACUUUUACAUCACUGGAUUUGGCCGGUUUGCGCUUAUGGAAGACAACCCGACGGAGCGUGUCGUGCUGCGACUACGAGAAAUCCUGCAGGAUCCAGGUCGCGUUCAGAUGUUGCACGAGCGGCUUGUGCGAAUCGUCGAUCUGCGGAUCCUCGAGGUGUCGGCAGCAGCGGCUCACGAGACGCUUGCGGAAAUGAAAACCCAGUGCCUCCAAAUGCGACAAAAACCAAAUAUCUCGUCAGAUGGCAGAAACAGGACGGUCUGUUUCUUGCAUCUCGGAGUUGACGCAUCCGCGGAUGGUUUCCUCGUCGAGCGCAGUGCUGUGAAUGAGGCGCUUUUUCGAUUCCCCGAUGAAAGAGGCUGGCAACCGACAACGCCGAUUCCAAUCGUCCGUGGUGCUCAGCUCGGUGCACGCUACGAACUUGACGGGGAAGCGUUGGCCUCUCUCUGUGAACGCACCGAGUCCCUGCUGAACGAGUGGGGUCGAACGAACUGGACAGUGCGUGUCAAUGACGACGCGGGUCGUUUCUUAUGUAAUUACUUAUUUUAUCUCUCCGCAUUUGAGGGUCUUGCGGAGAACGGGCAUCAUCUGUGGCAGACUUUUUUCCUGCACUGUCCAAUGGAAACCGUUGCUCCAUUGGAUGUGCAAGUAGAUGUUGUUCUGGCAUUCAUGGUUGCCGUUGCGCAAUCGAAUGCGCAGCAAGGUCCAUUAGAGGGGAUUUUGGCCCGCUAG